UCUGAAGGUUUCUUUCUAAUAAGCUAAUCUGAAGGCCACACAUCAUUUACCGAAGGUCGUCAGUAUGUAACAAUAAUGAAAAUAGUUAAAUGUGACGUUAUUAACUAAUUGUACUGUAAGGAGCCCUACGUAGUAUGAGACUGCAGAGCUGUGGAUGAAACUGUUUUGUAACAACAAAACUACAAUGAAGUAUCUGUGAGGAAAUGACAAGUCCGGAGUGGAUUAUGUCGAAUCAGGUACAAUGCCCCAAGCAAUCAACAAAAGAGAAAUAAUAGGGAUCUUUCGUUAAAAAUUGAGGGAAAACAGUGAGGCGAAGCGCCGAAAUGUCUUCUUUUUCAUCGGCUCCUCCUUUUCCCGUGUAGUCUGAUUGGUUUUUAAGUUAUGGCUUGAUGAUGAUUUUCGGUGAAUACAAUAACGUAGUUAUGACAAGUCUGGUAUGGUUUAAAUAUAAUCAUGUACAGCAACCAAAGUAGGAAAAAUAAAGAGAAUACUCUGUUAGAAACUAAGGGGUAAACAAUGGGGUGAUGCGCUAAGACGUCUACUUUUCCAUCGUCUCGUUAGAUUUGUCUUUAGGUUAUGGCUUGAUGGUGAUUUCCAGUAAAUGCCAUUUAGGCUUUUUCAUCACUGAUAUUGUCGCUAACUCAGCUUUUCCAGUGCCGACUCAUCUCACUUAUCUACUGAAUUAACUGGUCUGAAUAUUCAACUAGAAAUAUGUAACCAAUUUAUGACCUCUACUCAGGUUAAUAUUUUAAAGCGCUUACAAAUUCUGAUUGGGAUAUUUAGUGAAAGGCAGGUUUCCUAUUUCAUGAGAUUUAAAGUGUGACUUCAUGUCGUUGUGGUUAAACAGUCAGUGUCUGUUGAUAUAUGUACGUUGUGUGUGGAGCGAUAAGACAAUGUGAUUUAGUCAUAAGCUUUAGUAAAAGAAUAUUUAAAUUGUUUAUAAGUUUGAGAUACAUUACACAUAUAAGGUAUUAUCAAGUUAUAAAAAUGAGUUGGUUGUGAAGAAUUUCUUCACUGAAUCACGUUUUUCUUGUGACCUAAUCUGUGUGUUUAAAUUAAUAUUGAGUCUACCGUAAAAUGUCACAUAUCUGCAUAAGAUCAGUUCCAACUGUCUGCAGUCAUUUAUCAACGACCGAUUAUAGUGAUGAUUUGUAGAAUGAGAAGGGAUUUUGUCUCGACAUAUGCCUGCAUGAUAGAUGAAAUUCUCAUGCUAUAUUUGGUACUCAAAUGAUAAAGAACAUAACAGUUCUCCAUGUACAUGUGUUCCUCCUUUGAGGAAUAAUGUAGUGAUGAAUAUUAGAAAGUAAUUCACUAAAUGAAGAUUCACAACACUUAUUUUAACCGAAUUGUUGGUUGGACCAGUAAUUAAUAUAGUUUAGGUAGUCACCAUUCUUCGGUAUCUUGUAACAAAUCAUUAGAAAUUUUCCCGAACCUAAUCAAUCUAAGUACAGGAAUAUACACACCAUUAUAGUCUCGAUCUCGAACUUCUUUUGUAGAACAUGCUUGAGAAGACUGAGGAUUUCGAUCAUUUGGCUAAUGAUUUAGAGCACAUUCUGUCUGAUAGUUUGCGACAUGUAGAUGGCGAUUUCAAAUAUGAGUUGUCUUUCACUGCUUUAUCCGAUCUCGAUACUCGAUUCAUGCUGAUGCUCGACAAGAGUAUGAUGCCUCAGUCCAACACAGACCAUUUCAGAUCUGUUAAGAAUGCCUGGGUGAAGUUUGCCGCAAUGGCCUCUGCAUACGUCUACAAAAGUGUUGGUGAAUCGGUUUCCAAACCUCUUCAAAAAUGGCUAGCGAAUGCUGCCAGUGCUGCGAUUCUCGCUGGACUACUUGCAGAAGUGUCUGAGUCAUGCGAUUCACAUAAACGAACUAGUUCUGAUGGAAAGACAUCUGUCGAAAAUAUCUCCACACCUGACAGAGUAGUGGAGAAUAUUAAGGAUGGUGCCUGGUACUAUGGCCGAUGGACCGUUGACAAUGUUGCUAGCAGUUGUGAAAUGGUGGAUGUGAUCGAUGCUGAAAUGACAGAUGCAUGUAUUCGAGUGAUGAUUGCUGCUGUUGUUAAUUAUUUCCAGGAGAACAGAUUCGCUCCAUGUGGUUUGUUGAGAGACAGUUAUGCAAGUGCGAUACUGAGAAGUGAUCUAAUGGAUAGGUAUGAGUUAACAAACGAACAUGAUAAAAUUGAAGCGAUGCGUAUUACUGGUAGUUGGGUCUCGAAACUGUAUGUGUUUCACAUGGCGACGAAGCAUCGCUAUUUGCAGCACCGACUCAGACCUAUAAAUAAUGUUGGUUUGGUGCGUCCUCUGAAACUAGAUUUCAGUCAGUGUUUCGAGGACUUGACAGCUAGAUUUAUCCGUACACGAAUCGCACAUCAGAUUGCCAGUCGGAUGGUGCGAUCUGUGUGCAUAGUGUUUUUCGAAGAUUUGAAUGAAUUGAUUGAGUUGCGGAAGCUGUACCGUCAAAUAUCCGGUGAUCCAUUUUAUUAUCACUCUGACUGUGAAUAUUUGACGAAAUCAUCUCGACCGUCAGUCAGUGACAAGAUGAGUUGUAUAUUUGGUCGAUUGGUCACCUAUUUGAGUGUUUUUGAGCCGAAUAGUGAACUGUUUGAUUAUCCGCAUUUGAAGAUGAAUGGUAGAACUCGAGAACAACACUAUGCUGAUUACAGUAAGAAUUGGAAGAAGAUACUGGAGACGAUUUAUGCAGAGUUGUAUAUGCCGAGUGGAAGUCCUUUAUUGGAUGUUCUUAGAAGUAGAUGCAAAAUCUCAGCAAGGAUUCCACAAACUGAAAACAGUUUGAGAGAAUGUUUUUAUGAAUAUGAUGUCCGUUUUAAUAUUAGGGAGUUUAUUUCCCGAUAUUCACUUAAUCGUUAAAUAUUUUGUUUGUUCAUUGACAACUCAAGAUUAAAAUGUUGUUAUUAACAAAUUGCAAUAUUAUUCUUCUUAUUCAUAAAAUUUGCUUUUUCAUCAGUGAUGUUGCUUUAUGUGUUCACUGUGGUUUUGUUAACAUAUAGGUAAUUGUUACAAGCACUUUCCAUAUAAGUGAACUAAAAUUCAGAUGAUUUUAGUAUUAUCGAUCAGAGUUUCUGAAAACCGAAUUAUUAGUAAACUUAUUGUUACUUUACAUCUGUCAUUACAUUGUAUUGUUUGCGUUGAUUUAUCCAUACUGUUAUGUAAGUGUAAUUGUGCACAAAGUAAAUAUUCGAUAACUUUUCAUG